AUGUCAGAAGACAACAUCAAGAAUGAGCCGAAAGUUUUACCUCAGAGGCUUAUGUCAUUCCGAGGUUCACGGGAUCUCUCCUUGGGUUCUGGCAAAAAUUGUGUUGGACUGCCCAAUAGAGAUAAAUCUCGAAAAAAUUUUACCCCAAAUUUGAAUGUUCAGAGAAAAAAGAAUCAAGAAGUUAAUGUUAAAAGUGAGUUUUCAAAAGCCCAUCAAAAUAAAGGCCCCAGAGGAGGCCGAGGAAGAGGACAAGGGAGAGGGAGACACUCAGCUACACUUGUGCAAGCAUCUGGUAGUGUUUUUGCUGAAGGUAUUGCUGUAUCAGGAUCUGUUUCUAGAAGAGCAAAAUAUGAUACAGAUAAAGUUAAAGAUGAAGUUUUACAAAUACCAAAAUUAAAUCUAAAAUUAAACUGCAAGGUAGAUAAAGAGGAAGAAGAGAGAAAAUUAAAAGAAUUGCUUAGAGAUGAUUUUGUUGAUGACAGUGACCUUGCACCAGACACUGCAUUUGCACCAAUAUCAAUACCAUUGAAUAAUUACAUUAAGGCUGAACAGGAAAGUAAUUUUAAGCUAGAAUUCAAACCAAAAGUAAAAGAAGAGAAGGAAAUGAUAAUUGAUGGUGUUAAAAUCAAACAAGAAAUAGUGGAGAAAGAUGAAGAUGAAGUUGAAACAAGUCUGAAAAUAGACCCUACUUGUAUCAAAAAGGAACCACAAAAUUCACAGAAGUACGAGAACAUGUUUCUUAACAUUACAUCAACAAGCACUGAAAAACGGUUAAUUUUAAUUCAGUUUCCAGACAGAUUGCCUGCACUUUCUGUGGAUUCUUCUGAGGACAUAGAAAGACCGAAUUCUUCGAAUGUGAAACCAAAACCUGGACAACCAGUUGCUAAUUCAGAGGGAGUUAGUGAAAAAAAUAAGUACUGUCGCUUGAGUGAUUUGGCACCAGGACACAUUGGUCAUUUGCAAAUACGAAGAUCAGGCAAAAUUGAACUUGUUAUGGGAAAGUGUGUUUUAAAUGUUUCUUCUGGAACUAAUGUGAGUUUUCAGCAAGAUCUAAUAGCUGUUCAAUUGCAUUCAGGUAACCAAUGUACUGGAGAAACUGUUGAUCUGGGACCAGUAGUACCUCGUCUUAUUUGUACACCAGACUGGAAUACACUUUUGAAGAGUGGUGGAAAUUUGUAA